UCGGACUCGAAACGUUAACUGUGCUCCUCUGCAGAUGCUCCCGGACCUGCUGAGUUUUCCCAGCUGAAAUCCUGACCGGAAGAAAGAUUUUCAAUCAUGGCAAAUGUCAUUGGUAAAUCCUCAGACAACUGGGAAUCCCAAACUGCAAUGUUGGUGGAACCCCUUAGCACCAAUGAUCCAGAGGUGUAUGAGAUCAUUAAGAAAGAGAAGAGUCGUCAGAGACUUGGUUUGGAACUCAUUGCCUCUGAGAACUUUGCGAGCCGAGCUGUGUUGGAGGCUCUGGGCUCCUGCAUGAAUAACAAAUAUUCAGAGGGGUACCCUGGGCAGAGGUAUUAUGGUGGCACCGAGUGUGUAGAUGAAUUGGAGCAGCUGUGCCAGAAACGAGCAUUGGAUCUGUACAGCCUUGACCCACAGAAAUGGGGAGUCAAUGUUCAGCCAUAUUCAGGGUCCCCAGCAAAUUUUGCAGUUUACACAGCUCUCGUGGAGCCACAUGGGAGGAUCAUGGGAUUGGAUCUUCCCGAUGGUGGCCACCUGACUCAUGGUUUCAUGACAGAGAAGAAGAAAAUCUCUGCUACGUCUAUCUUCUUCGAGUCAAUGCCAUACAAGGUAAACCCUGAGACUGGUUAUGUUGACUACGACCGGCUAGCAGAGAAUGCUCGGCUCUUCCACCCGAAGCUCAUCAUUGCAGGCAUUAGUUGCUACUCCCGUAACCUGGAUUAUGCAAGGAUGAGGCAGAUUGCAGACGAGAAUGGUGCUUACCUGAUGGCGGACAUGGCACACAUCAGCGGCUUGGUGGCGGCUGGAAUGGUGCCCUCUCCUUUCAAGUACAGCGAUGUGGUCACCACAACAACUCACAAGACUCUCCGUGGCUGCAGAUCCGGGAUGAUCUUCUACAGAAAAGGAGUCCGCAGCAAUGACCCGAAGACAGGCAAGGAGAUCAUGUACAACCUGGAAAGUCUGAUCAACCAAGCAGUCUUCCCGGGGCUGCAAGGUGGGCCCCACAACCAUGCCAUCGCAGGAGUUGCUGUCACACUCAAGCAGGCGAUGACUCCGGAAUUCAAGCUAUACCAGAAGCAGGUUGUGGCCAACUGCAAGGCACUUUCCACAGCAUUGGUGGAUAUGGGAUACAAGAUUGUUACUGGUGGUUCAGAUAAUCAUCUGAUUCUGGUGGAUCUACGCAACCAAGACACAGAUGGGGGCAGAGCAGAGAAGGUUCUGGAAAAAUGUGCCAUUGCUUGCAACAAGAACACCUGUCCAGGCGACAAGAGCGCCUUACGGCCCAGUGGCCUCCGUCUGGGGACACCAGCCCUCACCUCCCGAGGGCUUCAGGAGAAGGAUUUCCAGAGAGUGGCUGCUUUUAUUCACAGAGGGAUCCGGAUAACCCUGGAGAUUCAGAGAGACGUCGGGGCAAAGGCACCACUCAAGGAAUUCAAGGAAAGGAUGAUGACGGACAAAAACCACCAGAACAAGAUCAGACAACUGAAGGAAGAAGUGGAGAUAUUUGCGUCAAAGUUCCCAAUCCCCGGGUUAGCUGAUCUUUAAAGGGGAAGAGCCUGGCAUUGCUAGAUCCAGCAGUUGCAGCUAAGCUAUGGGAUUUGUUUUGUUUUAAACACACAGUGAUGAGCUUUUUCUAGCUGCCCUAUCUGCAAAUUGAUUAAAAAGUCAAUUAUAUGC